AAAUAAAAAGAGAACAAUUGCAAUUAGUAACAAGAGGCUAGAGCUGUCAAUGACGGAAGUCUUUAUACCCUUCAUGAACAUAUGAAAUUUGUGGUAUUUUAUUUUUGUAUUAAAUAUUAAUUCUGCUAACUGAAAAGUCGUUUAAAGUGGGGCUGUGUGAUAUAGUCCUCCGAUUAUGAUGUUUUUCGGGACAAUAUUUUUUUUUAAUUUUAUGCUUUUAGAUGAUUUUUUUUAGGCAAAACCUCAUAUCUGCGCAAUUCGUAUGUAUGGGACUAUAUGAUAUAAAUUUUCGAAAAAAUUUAUUUGUUGAUAUAAAUGUAUUUUAUACUCUUAGUUGUAAAACGUCAUAUCUGAACCAAGAGGUUGCAUUGGAGCUAUAUAAUCUAUUGAUUUGAUCCUCAAGUGAUCUUUAAAUUACAUGAAUACAUCCGCAUACUGAGUUUCUUUCAAAUGUCUCAAAACUUGGCAGAGUAGCACACGCCCUAACAGACGAAUGGAUAAACAGACAGACAGAUUUGCAUAAAUUUUGUUGGCUCUGCCUCUUCUGCUGCUGUUACUUACAAACUACGUGCAAAAGUUGAUGUAACAUUUCAUGUUCAUGAAGGGUAUAAUCAAAACGGAAUCAUUCAAAAGCAAAAAUUGACAAAAACUAUAAAAUUAUUAAUUAAAUUUGUUUUAAUUAAAUUUGGUACGCACUGUUCGUAUCAUAAGAAAUGAUCUUUCCAAAAUAAAUAUGUGAUCCACAUAUAUGUCAACAACAGUUCAACACAAUAUUAUCAAAAAAAAAGAUGUUUAACUAAAAAUAGUGCGAAUUUUGCUGAAAUUGAAAUCAGUUUUUAGACACUUCAAAUCUACAGGCGCUCUGAACUCGUGAGAUAAUAGCACUUAGAUAACUUCUUACUACUGAAAACUGAUCACUCAGAGGCCUGUCUAAAACUCUACAGAGUAUAUAGUCUUCUUAUCUACUUCACUAGAUAUUACGGUACUUACAUAACAACCUUAACGCAAAAUUUACUAUAAAAGCACCGUCAUUUACUGAGUUGUAUCAUAAGUGUUCUUAAACUUAAACGAUCAAUAUGAAAGUGUGCGCCUUCUUCCUACUCGCUUUGGCCUUGGCUACACCAGCCUUUGGUAAAACAUUUACACGCUGCACCUUGGCACAAGAGUUGCUCAGUUUGGGUGUACCGAAAGAUCAAUUGGCAAUCUGGACGUGUAUUGCUGAGCACGAGAGCUCUUAUCGUACCGGUGUUGUUGGUCCAACUAACAAAAAUGGUUCCAACGAUUAUGGUAUCUUCCAAAUUAACAACUACUAUUGGUGCCAGCCUUCUAGUGGUCGUUUCUCCUACAAUGAAUGCAAUUUAAGCUGCGAUGCUCUGUUGACCGAUGACAUCAGCAACUCUGUGACAUGCGCUCGCAAGAUUCAAAAACAGCAAGGUUGGACUGCCUGGUCUACAUGGAAGUAUUGCAACGGUACUUUGCCUAGCAUCGACUCUUGCUUCUAAGUUGUUUUCAAUCGAUGGCAAAUAAAAUUUAUAAAAAA